AUGUCUCAUCUGAAAUACUACGCCUACGAGGGUCAGGGAGUUGAGAAGUUGCAGAAGUUCUCCUACAGCCAAGCAGUACGCCUCGGUGAUCGUAUUGAGUGCUCGGGUCAAGGCGGCUGGCAUCCCAUCACCGGCGAGUUCGAAAAGGAAAUCAAUGCACAGAUCGAUCUCGCAUUCGCCAAUGUUGAGCGUAAUCUGAAGGACGCCGGCGGCAAAGGAUGGUCGCAAGUGUACAGCGUCAAAUCGUAUCACGUCCCCAUCAACAACGAGGCUUUGGCCGCCAUGGUUCGCAACUUCAGGGCAUAUAUGCCAGACCAUCAACCAAUCUGGACUUGUAUUGGUGUUCCUCGACUGGGCGAAGACGACAUGCGCGUUGAGAUUGAUGUGGUUGCGCAUGAUCCCGAAGGGGCUAAGGUCGCAGGUAGCGCAUAA